AAAAAGAGCCACGAAGCAAGAAGCGAAGAAGCGAGAAACAGAACGAGUCAGAUUUUCAGUGGUUCACUGCACCGCUCACGGAAACCAAUCGGAGAUGGCGACGAUCCAUUUCUCCACCUACAACGGCCUCAAAUUCCACGGCGAUUCCAGCGCAAUCGCUCCGAGUUCUAUCUCGCCGUUCUCCGCCGCUUCUUCUUCGUCGUCGUCGCCGUCGUCUGCUGCUGCUAAACCGCGCCUUUCGCGGCUCCGAGCGUCUCUUCGUCGGAAAUCUCUCACCGCCACGCGCGCGCUGCCCGAGGAGACCACUCUCAGUGCACCACCAAAGGUUGAGGUUGAUCUUGCCCUUGCACUUAAGAAGAAAGCUGCGGAUGUUGCGCCAGAAUUGAAAGGAACUUCCAUAUUUCUUGUCGGGAUGAAGAGCUCCAUUAAAACUCAGUUAGCCAAACUUUUAGCGGAAGUGUUACGAUAUUACUUCUUUGAUAGUGAUGCAUUGGUCGAGGAAGCUGCUGGUGGUGAAGCUUCUGCAAAACUAUUUAGGGAGACAGACGAGCAAGGAUUUCGUGAGUCUGAGGCUGAAGUUUUAAAGCAGUUAUCAUCCAUGGGUCGCUUGGUUGUUUGUGCUGGAGAUGGUGCAGUUCAGAGUUCAACUAAUCUGGGAUUCCUUAGACAUGGGAUCUCGAUAUGGAUAGAUGUGCCCUUAGAUAUUGUUGCCAAGGGGUUGGUAGAAGACCUUCCUUCUUCUCAACUAUCUACUUCCCAAUCAUAUUCAGAGGUCUUGGCUCAGCUAGCUGCACUAUAUGAGGAAACAAGAGUGGGGUAUGCUACAGCUGAUGUAAAUGUGUCACUCCAAAAAGUAGCUUCUCAGUAUGGCCGUGAUGAUUUCAGUGCUGUAACUGUGGAAGACUUGGCCAUGGAGGUUCUCAAGGAGAUUGAAAAAUUGACUCGAGUAAAGAAGAUGAUGCAAGAAGCAGGAAGACCUUUCUAGUCUACAAGGUCUACAUAUCCUUUUGGCAUACAUCGAAACUAGACGGCUUAUUCACCACAGGCAUUUUUGUGCUGCGGCUCCUCAUUGUCUUUUGUUAAGGCUCUACAAAUCUGAUUAUUCUGUUGUGGUGUUAUACCAUGACAAAGCUUCUUCAACAAGAAAAGGCAAAGACGUGAGAACCCUAUGUAUAGAUUUGUAAUCCAUCCUGUUCUUCCUUGGCUGUUGGGACUGUUAUUGCAAGACGGUAAUUACAACCCUUGACAUCUAGUGCUCAGUCUUUGCUCUUUGAUCAGCCGUGCUUGGGAAUUUGCGAUUAUAUACCUCUCUUUUUUCUCCAAA